AUGGCUUCUUCACUGACGGAAGAAGAACUGCCAAUCACCACCACACGGAGAAUGGACAAACGCACAGCCAGAAGAAUCAAACGAAAAAAGACAUACGUCAAAUAUGCAAUCAAAGCUGGCCUUUUGGUGGCAGUCUCCUUGGGCUUUUUGAUUUAUUAUGCUGCUACUUCCCCAUCUUCGUCCACAACAGCAAUAGAAGAAGCAUCAGCAUCAUCGUUUAAUACGCUCAAUACCAGUCCUAUUGCCUAUGUGGAGAGCCCCAUCUUGCUUCAUCGAAGAUUACAAGAGGUGGGGGAGAUUGUGGACGUUGAGUGCGGACAAUUGGAAAAGGCGGAUCCAGAAUGGUUUGCUGCCAUUUACUUUUUGGGUGUCCUGUAUACUUUUAUUGCCAUUGCCAUUGUCUGCGAUGAACUCUUUGUGCCUGCCCUGGAAGAAAUUGCGUCCGAGGAUCACAUGAACCUGAGUAUGGAUGUGGCGGGUGCCACACUCAUGGCGGCGGGAGGGUCGGCACCGGAAUUAUUUACCAGUAUCUUUGGAACCUUUGUGCAAGAAUCCGAAGUGGGCAUUGGAACCGUCGUGGGAUCGGCUGUCUUUAAUGUCCUAUUUGUGAUUGCCAUGUGUGCCUUGCUCACUAAGGAAACCUUGAAUCUUACCUGGUGGCCACUCUUUCGAGACUCCUUUUGUUAUUCGGUUGGAUUGAUCAUGUUGGGACUCUUUGUGGGAGUCAUCUCACCUGCCAAGAUUGAACUAUGGGAAGCCAUUGUUCUCUUUUGCCUCUAUAUAUGCUAUGUUAUUAUCAUGUAUUUCAAUAAGAGAAUCUAUGGUAUUUUGACUGGCAACAGGGGGGUCCCGGCUCCAGGAAGCGAAGAAGCGAUACACGCGGCGGAAGAGAAUGGUGAAACGGCUAUGGUUGAAUCGGCCGAGAAUGGUAUUGCUACUGCCCAAGAGAACCAUACUAACAAUGGCGAGGAGAAACACGAUCCUGCAGAGGAGGGUUCGGGGUUCCUUAACAAGCACAGCGAUAAUCAGUCCCAUUCCGAUUCGUCCCAACUUAUUGUCGGUGACGAUGGGACGAAGCAUGCAAUGCAUUCCAAUCGUUCACACAAGAGUCACCACUCCACUGGAAGCACUCCGAGUCGUCGUUCCAUGCGACGUGGGCCCAGCCUUCAUUCGCUGGAUUCGGGCAGUGUCGAUUUGUUGGCUGUCAUCCAUCAGGCUGGCGAUGGGGGCUCCAUGAAAUCCAUCCACGAAGACGAGUCUUUGACUGAUCUUACACCCUGGCCAGGAACCUUCCGAUCAGGUGUCUUGAAGAUUCUCAGGAAUCCAGAAUCUUGGAAGGACACUGCUGGUAUUGGACUAGUAGCCGUCAUGGCUGGAGACGUGCACCACGUCUUCAAGCAAGUGGAUGUAGAUGACAGCGGUCACAUUGAUAAAGAGGAACUCGCUCAACUCUUUGCCAAGUUGGAGUGCAAAAUUCCUGCGGAAGAAUUGGAUAUGGUAAUGGAAGAGUUGGACGAAAACAAGGACGGACAAAUUGAUGAAGAAGACUUUGUCAAGUGGUAUGUCCACUCAGAAAAGAGAAUUUCCAUGCGCACAAAGUUGGUUUUUGACUUUUUUGAUACUGACAAUAGCGGCAAGAUUACAAGACCCAACUUGAAGAAACUCCUCAAGACGGUGGAACCAACCGUGACGGACGAAGAUGUGGAUCAAGCCAUGGCAGCCAUGUACAUGACCGGCUCCAAAGACGAAAUCAGCUUUGAGGAAUUCUCCAAUUGGUACGUCCACUCGAUGAUUUACCAAAAGAGAACCAAACGUAUUGAAGAAGAUGAAGGAAUCUUGAUGGAUUCGAUUUAUCCACCGGAAAUUGAAGAUGGGUCUUCCUGUGGAACCAUCAUCAUGACCUACAUCAAGUACAUUGUUGUCUUGCCCAUUGUGGUCAUCUUGGCCUUUACGGUACCGGACGUGAGAAAGCCAGGUUCCGCCAAGUACUGUUACAUAUCGUUCUUGCUAAGUAUCGGAUGGAUUGGUGUGUUUUCGUACUACAUGGUCGACUGGGCGGAAGUCAUUGGGCAUACCAUUGGUAUUCCUUCUGUCAUUAUGGGAUUGACGCUUUUGGCUGCAGGGACUUCGGUACCCGAUUUAUUGACAUCAGUGAUUGUGGCUCGUAUGGGUGAAGGAGACAUGGCACUGUCGUCUAGUAUCGGAAGCAAUAUUUUUGACAUUUUGGUGGGACUUCCCAUUCCGUGGAUUGCCUACACGGCAUUGUACGAACCAAUAACGAUUGGGUCAAAAAAUGUAUGGGUAUACAUAUUUACCCUCUUGGGGAUGUUGGUGUUUGUGGUAGUCACCACACACUUGCAGGGAUGGAAAUUGACAAAAACGCUAGCCUUUCUGAUGCUCAUGUUCUACUUCGGAUUUUUGGCCCUAGCAAUCUUGCUCGAACUUCCCUUUCCAUGUGCAUAG